AUGAGCGAGGAGACUACAGAAGUCUACCACAAUAUGGAGAUUUGCGCAACAAUCAUCUUCACAGUGGAGUAUGCUCUGCGCUUCUACAGCUGCAUAGAAUCGGUACAAGAUGCUGAGCAGCUCAGUGUGUCAGCACGUUGGAGAAGGCGGAUAUGCUUGAUGACAAGUGCAGCCUGUCUUAUCGACGUGGUCUCCUUGAUUUCUCUAUUCUUGGAUGUCUGCAUCACGUCCAACAUAUUCCGAGGGGUGGUGUCGAUUCGACUGCUCCGACUUUUCACUCUUUUCCGAUUGGAGCGGAAGCACAAGUUCUUGUCGCCGAUUGUGACGGUGAUAUCAAACAAGCGUAGAGAGCUGGGAGCCACGCUUGGUGUCGCUGGUCUUGUUCUGCUGAUCUCAGCAACCUUAAUGUACUAUGUUGAGUCUGGCGUCAAUGCCAAGUUUAGCAGCAUUUUAGCAUCGAUGUGGUGGGGCACUGCAACACUUACCACUGUGGGAUAUGGCGACAUUGUGCCGAUAACGCCUCUGGGUCGCUGUCUGGGCAGUCUGGUUGCCUUUAUUGGUGUUGGUCUUUUCGGCCUGCCGGCGGGCAUUAUCGCUUCUGGCUUUGCAGAUGCUCACCGAGCGAAAUCGCUUGAGCUUCGUCACAACAGCGCAGAUCAUUUGGAAGCUCGGAUGACUCGCAUGAUGAGCGUUCAAAGCGAGGUUCUUGCAGAGCUUCAGUCCCUGCGCACUCAGAUGGACAGCAUGCUAGCCGAUCAGCAACGAGUGCUCACACUGCUCGGGGCACAGAAAGCCCAACAGAUGGGUGGCUAG